GAACAGAAGCUUUAAUUCUUAAGCAGAUUCUUGGCGCGCUUUCUAUGCUUCUUUCGAAAAUGACACAGCGGAUUCAUACCAAGUUCCUAUAUCACAUUUUAAUAAAAUUCUAUUGCAAAAUGACAAAGCCUACCUUGACCAUGACAUGACAAGUGUACCUAAAUCUCGAAGGAUGAUUCACACUACGGAGGGCAAACAUAUAGAUUAGUCAUGAGAUGACCUGCUACUAUUUGUUGUGCAAAUACAUACACACCUUCCAGCAAUUUACAAAUAACUUUCCAUGCAAAUUCCCAUGGACCCGUUCACAUUAUCAUUGUUUGAUUUGAGUCGUCUUGAGUCACUUGUGGAAUUCUACGUCAAUCUGUCACCCUGUGCUUUUAAUUGGGCAUCGAAUAAUGGAGAAAUUCUAAUUCGUCAGCUGGAAUUUGAGGUGGGACGGUCCCAUCUUUAAGGAUUUCAAGAACGACUCAGUUGCGUGAAAGCUGUUUAAAAUCUCCUAGUUUAUUUGUUCCCACAAUGGCAAGGGAUGGUGAUGCAGGUAGGACAUAUGGCGCCUCUCUAGCUCAUGAAGACAAUGGUACUGUAAGGUCCCUACGUGCUAACAUUAUCCGUGUUCUGGUAGCAGUCACUGCAUCUUGCUUCGUGUUGUCUAUUCCUAUAUUAGCAAUCACCACCAACCUAGACAUUGUGCAUGAAGUACCCGAAGGACACGUUGGCACCUAUUGGAGGGGUGGUGCUCUUUUGAAAACAACCACUGAUCCAGGUUUCCACCUUAAGAUCCCUUUGACUCGAUAUGAACCAAUUCAAGUGGCCAUUCAAACAGAUAAGGUUACAAACAUACCAUGUGGUACAAAGGGUGGAGUAAUGAUCUACUUUGAGAAGAUUGAGGUAGUGAACCGUCUUCAAAAGGAGUAUGUUUACGAGAUACUGAUAAAUUAUGGUUUGAAAUAUGACAAGACUUGGAUAUAUGACAAGAUUCAUCAUGAAAUUAAUCAAUUUUGUAGUUCACACACUUUGCAGGAAGUCUAUACAGACAUGUUUGACCAGAUUGAUGAGAAAAUGAAAGAAGCGAUUCAGGCUGACUGUGUACGUUAUGCCCCUGGCAUUGAGAUUAUUAGUGUGAGGGUAACAAAACCAACGAUUCCGGAAAGCAUUGCUCGUAAUUAUGAACAAAUGGAAGAGGAGCGCACAAAGGCUUUGAUAGCAAUGGAGAGGCAAAAGGUGCUGGAAAAGGAAGCCGAGACACACAAGAAAAUUGCUGUAACAGAAGCUGAGAAAAAUUCAGAGGUCAGCAGCGUUAUCAUGGAGCAAAGGAUGAUGGAGAAAGAGAGCAUAAAGAAGCAACAAAAGAUAGAAAAUGAAAUGUAUUUGGCUCGUGAAAAAAGCCGUGCAGAUUCCAACUAUUACAAGGUUAUGAAGGAAGCUGAAGCAAACAAGCUAAAACUUACCCCCGAAUAUUUGGAACUGAGGUUUAUUGAGGCCAUUGCAAAUAAUUCAAAAAUGUUUUUUGGAAACAAGGUGCCAAAUAUGGUUUUUGAUCAGAGACUAUUAGGAAACUUUCUGGCGCAAACUGUAAAACAGAGAAAUGAAGAGUUGGAAGAAGACUAAAUAAGUUACAUAACCAAUUCAAUUUACCCAGAAUAUCAUUGUAAAUUAAUGCUCUCUGAACAAACUUCUGUCAAUUCAAAGACUAGAUAAAAUUUAUAGAAAUAAAGAUUUUUCUGGAACUGUAUUCAAGCAAUGAAAGCUAUCUAUUGGUUUCUGCACGAAAUUGUGCUCCCAAAGAUGGUCCUUUUAGUGAUAUUGUGUCUGCUAUUGACAAAUUCAAGUGCUAUAAGUUGAAAAUGGAAGGUAUUUUCUCAAGUCAUGAAUAAUUUUUUUGGCAUUCCAUUACCUCAUUUAUUCAGUGUGAGGUUUAUGAUGUGUAAUAGUCACUGUCAUGAGGAAUCAGAUAAUUAGUAUUUUAAAUCC